UUCCAAUGAUUUUGGUUAUAUAGCGCGAGCCGCAUGAACAGGAUUGGGGCACACCUGUUCUAAACGAUGUGUUAUUUUUCGAAUCGUUAUUUUGCUUAUGGGAUAUACUAUCUUGCGGUUCCAACAAAGACAGAGGAGAGAACGUCGCCGUGGUAUGAAAGAACAUUGUUUGCCAGCAGUGGCACAAGGUUGCAUCGAACAUGUGUGGAAGUUUUUAGCAGAUGUGUGGACCUGACGCAACAACGGCCAUUAGAGGAGAAAGAGGCAACCCGUGGACGGACAAUUACAUGCCUCGGCGGCGGAAAACUGGGCUUACAGGUGUGUUUACACAUGGGUAAUCAACAACACAUGCCACAGACUCUCGACGGAAGAAUCGUCAAGCGAAGGAAACUUGACAAUUCUUUUGGAAUCCGAAUUCGUUUCGUCGUCUCUUUCCAAGAUUUACCGAGCAAAUUAUCUAUUUUAAAUGCUUUUACACUGAGUAUUACACAUGCUUGGUUGAGCAUUGGUUCGUAUGUACAAGGGAGGCGAAAUAUGGCGUAUCAAUUUUUUGUGUUAGGUAAACCAUUAGGAGGCUCGAUACUUUCUACACUAAAGAUAUUAAAUAAAGAUAUUAAAUAA